CUACCGACGACCAGGCACGACGGGCUCCCCCCAAAUGGGGACGAUAUCAGGGCCCCUGGCGGGAGGGAGGGCCGCCAGCGCCGAUGGCGGGUUCUUCGGUGGAGCCGGGACGGGUACAAAAGGGCAGAAGCCCAAGGUGACGGGCGUCCCGUCCUGCCUGCUUCAGAGAAGGAGCGCAGCGGGGAGCCCAAGGGGCCUGAGGACAGCGGUGCUGGCGGCGCGGGCUGCGGAGGCGCGGAGGACCCCGCCAAGAAAAAGAAACAGCGGCGGCAACGCACGCACUUCACCAGCCAGCAGCUGCAACGGGUUCUUCUGGAGCCGGGACGGGUACAAAAGGGCAGAAGCCCAAGCCCCUUCCCCCAGGUCUGGUUCAAGAAUCGGCGAGCCAAGUGGCGGAAGCGCGAGCGUAACCAGCAGCUGGACCUGUGCAAGGGCGGCUACGUGCCGCAGUUCAGCGGCUUGGUGCAGCCCUACGAGGACGUGUAUGCCGCCGGCUACUCCUACAACAACUGGGCGGCCAAGAGCCUGGCGCCGGCGCCGCUCUCCACCAAGAGCUUCACCUUCUUCAACUCCAUGAGCCCGCUGUCGUCGCAGUCCAUGUUCUCGGCGCCCAGCUCCAUCUCCUCCAUGACCAUGCCGUCGAGCAUGGGCCCCGGCGCCGUGCCCGGCAUGCCCAACUCGGGUCUCAACAACAUCAACAACCUCACCGGCUCCUCGCUUAACUCGGCCAUGAAGCGCGAGCGUAACCAGCAGCUGGACCUGUGCAAGGGCGGCUACGUGCCGCAGUUCAGCGGCUUGGUGCAGCCCUACGAGGACGUGUAUGCCGCCGGCUACUCCUACAACAACUGGGCGGCCAAGAGCCUGGCGCCGGCGCCGCUCUCCACCAAGAGCUUCACCUUCUUCAACUCCAUGAGCCCGCUGUCGUCGCAGUCCAUGUUCUCGGCGCCCAGCUCCAUCUCCUCCAUGACCAUGCCGUCGAGCAUGGGCCCCGGCGCCGUGCCCGGCAUGCCCAACUCGGGUCUCAACAACAUCAACAACCUCACCGGCUCCUCGCUUAACUCGGCCAUGUCCCCGGGCGCCUGCCCUUACGGCACACCCGCCUCGCCCUACAGCGUCUACCGGGACACGUGCAACUCGAGCCUAGCCAGCCUGCGGCUCAAGUCCAAGCAGCACUCGUCGUUCGGCUAC